ACUGUCAACAGUGACUACCCUGCGGGUACGGGUAUAGAAUAUACCCGAGGUAAGGCAUGCCUGUCGUAAGAGGCGACUAAAAUCCCAUUAGGUCCUGCGGGUUUGGAUCGAGAAUAUGCCCGAGGUAAGGUAUGCCUGUCGUAAAAGGCGACUAAAAUCCAAACAUGCACAAAUAGAUAACAGGCUGAUGAUAAUGGCUGAUACUCAGACUGUUAUCUAUACGUGCUAGAUAAUAUAUUUCAUGGCUUGAACGGAAUUAUGUUAUCUUUUUGAUUUAGCUUUUUCCAAAAAGGAAUUGGUCACUCCUUUCAAAAAGGGCAAUUGUGUUCAAGCCACAAUUGCCUACCAGUGCAGAGCAGUAUGGAAAGGCUCAACUGGAAGUAGCUUCGGCUACAAAGUCUUACCAGAGACUUAAACUCGGUGCCACGGGGAGCAGGAGCCCAGGAGGCUUCGGUUUCCGCCUGCUCGUUGGGUUACGGCCCUUCGGGGAGUAUCGUGGUGGCUGUGGUUUCUAAACCUAAAUGCAGGCAGAGGGCUUUUGGCUUCUCGGUGUGGAGUUGCAACCAACCGGGUGCCGGACCCAAAGUACGGCAGAGGUUUUAGAUGGGCCUCGGCCCUACCAAGGUGGCAUAAGUGUGUCCAUACCACACGCCAAUUGGUACUGGAAGUGUGCAUAGCUACAAAUACAGGGCGCUGAUUGACGCAUUGUAUUAAUCCAUUUGUGUUUUUGAAUACACGUAUGGUAAGGCCUUCACAGGCAGGUACAUACGUUAAAACAAAUCCACAUCUGUCAACAGUGACGUGGGAGCCAAGACGCGAAUGCGCUGACUGGUUGUUUGAUGAUAGGAGAUAUUUCGUCUUGUCCUCGUUCACCACCAGACCCAUUCGCUUCGCUUCCUUAUCCAAGCGGGAAAAAGCGGCGCGGGGGUUUUUUCCAAUGAUAUCGAUAUCAUCGGCGUACGCCAGUAGCUGUACAGCUGUACACUUUUAUAAAAAAAUUGUACCUUCUCUGUUAAGCUCUGCGGCUCGAACUAUUUUUUCCAGCAUCAGGUUAAAGUCACACGAUAGCGAGUCACCUUGUCUGAAACCUCGUUUGGUUAUGAACUGCUCGGAGAGUUCCUUCCCGAUCCUGACGGAGCUUUUGGUAUUGCUCAACGUCAGCUUACACAGCCGUAUUAGUUUUGCGAGGAUACCAAAUUCAGACAUCGCGGCAUAAAGGACGGCAAUCCAUCGGCCCCCGCCGUCUUGUUGUUAUUCAAGCGGGUAAUUGCUAUUCUAAUUUCUUCACGGUCGGGCAAUAGAACAUCUGUUCCAUCGUCGUCGAUUGGGACCCUGACUCAUUGAACUGACUCACAGUUACAAAUCUUGUUAGAAGUGAACAAUAUUUUAUGCAACAUAUGACCCACGUCACAAAACAAUUAUUUUCGAAUCAUCAGAGAGUGCCUCAUUAAAACUCGUCGUCCACUUUAACGAUGUUCCAAUCUCCAUAUUCACUAGUGACUCCGGGUAACUUUUGCCUAUUUCCAAAAAUAAAGAUAACCUUAAUGGUCCGUCGUUGUACAAGCAUACGAGAAAACGCUGAAAGAUCUAAAGGCUAUCCCAAAAAAUUAGUUUCACAAGUGUUUCGACGCUUGGAAGAAGCGCUGGCAUAAGCGCAUACUAUCGAAUGGGAACUAUUUUAAAGGCGGCACAAUGAUUAACAAUUCACGUUAUCUUUUGAACACACUUUGUAUAUCAUAUAUAAAACCCAUCCCUUAAAUCAGCCAACAUAUCUCCUCCGUUAUAAAAGAAAUACUCCCCACAUUAUUUCAAUUAAAUUGUCCAACUCAAAGUAACAAUUUGUCAAUCAUUUAGUUGCACCCGCAAUUAUAAUGCUAUCCAAUUACUGAUAACAUACAAUUAUUGUCAUCCAAGAUUGAACACAAUUAUGACUAACAGUUCAAUCUAUUUAAAGAAAAUCUAUAAAAAAUUAGUGCGAGAAUUUUUACAAGAAAGUGGCAUACAUGGCUUGAAAAUAUUUCUAUCCACUUCAUCGAUACGCUAUGCGAAACACCUCUGGUUUAUCUUCUUGACCAGCAUUAUAAUCGUCACGCAUGUGAUAAUUAUCAAUUUAUUUAUUAAAUAUAUGGAUCAACCAACAGAGGUGCGUCAGUCCACGAAACUGGUGCAUGUUGCCAAUAGUCCAUUCCCGGCUGUCGCUAUUUGCAGUGCAAAUAAGAUAAGUCGACGCAAAAUGUUGCGCUAUGCGGAGAAGGUCUAUGCAGCACAGCAAACCCUUCAACCCGAUCUACUCGCCAAAAAUGUCAGUGAAAUGGCUGAGCAUUUGAAGCUGCUUACCGGCUUCUUCUUGUACCCCUUAGACACUUAUAACGAUAAUGAUCCCCGACUGGGUCAACUACAUAAUAUACUCACGAGCAUGUACAAUGGCAGCGACUAUCCAACACGUGAAAUACUUUUCAACUUGUCACCCGACUGUUCCGAGCUUAUUAUACGUGGCAUGGUGUUCGGUAAAUCAAUAAAUAUAACACAGUAUUUUGAAAAACGUUCGAUAUCGGUAGGUGGUUGUUGUCUUUUCAACUAUCGGCGCGAUACUUACACCACGAAUAGCACCAGAGCCGUUUUUAACCAGGCCAAUAGCAAGGUAUUGGAAAAUGUUACAUUUGAGUCCAAUUCCAUAUUGAACUCGGUACAAUUUGUCGUACAAAGCGAUCCGAGUGAUUUUUGGCACACCGAAUUUCCAAGCUAUGCAUUUCGUCUUUAUUUGUUUCUACAAAGCGAUUAUGCAACCGUAAUGACAAAUACAUUGGGUGAGAUUUUGGUGAACCCUAAAUCUAUAGUAGAGAUUCCGAUACAGCCGACAUUUUACGACGCCUCGGGUUCUAUACGGAAUUUCUCGCCUCAGUUAAGGAAUUGUUAUUUUGAGGAUGAAGGGCAACGUGUACUAAAUAAAUCCUACUACUCGCUGGAUGAAUGUCUGCUCAUUUGUCGCAUGCAGAGUAUGCAACGGUAUUGUGGUUGUGUCAGCCCCUUCCUCGCGCCACCACUCAUAAAUGCAAGCGUCUGUACACUAUUACAAUUGCCCUGCCUCUCCCAAUGGAUGCGUGUGUUCAAUCAAUGGUCCUACUUUGAGUAUGUCGAACAGCCGCUUAGAUUUGAUAAGUGCAAACAAUGCAUGCCGACAUGCGAUGGUGUUGACUAUAAAUUCUUUAUAAAUUACUUACCACUGCGUAGAGCUAUCAACAGUGAUACGUACACCUUCGGUUUGCUAAAAGGUCUAAAUAGUCUCAAGCCAUUGGCGCUGGUGAAAUUGUACUUCAAGCAGAGGUAUGCGGAAUCGACAUACAUAGAUGUUGUCGGCGAUUGGGUGGUGCUACUGAACCGUUUCGGUGGUAUUCUAUCACUUUUCUACGGUUUUAGCAUACUAAGUUAUAUCGAAGUGUUUUACUUCAUUAGUGGCAAAUGGUUUGUGCUCAUAUAUAGGGCAUGGCAGCUGGCGUAUACUGCCAAAGAGCGGCGUGCGAGCGAAGCUUUGGAGAAGCGUGCUAAGAGACCCGUUUAUUCGUUGUACUGGAAUGAGUUGCAGCCAAAACCUGUUAUGUUGGAGAAAUAUCCAAAGAAUAUUAAGUAGCAAAAUCGUUAUCGUGGUAGAUAUUAGUAUAAAUGUUAAUAAAAUCAUCAUUAUAAAUGUUAGAAAAUAUAAUAAACACGAAUUCUAUAUUGCGAUAGGAUCAUUUUUGAAUCACUAACCUAAAAACGUUCACGUAAUAUAAAUAAAAUGUUUAUUUAUAGCAUAUAAACUACUUCUCACUAUCGAUUAGGUACCGAAAAAUAUCUAGGAUGUCUAGGAAAAUCGAUUACCGAACGGACUGGACCAAUUUUGACAAUCCAAAUUUGAUUUUCGAGAGAUAAAUACGUUAAAAGAAAAUCAUGAUUUGAAAAAAUAUCGGUAUGGAGUCAUGAUGGACCCUUUUUAAUUUGAUAGUCGCUGCUUUACAUUUCAUUUCGGCUAACAGUUGCAUCGCUGAAGUCCCGAUCUUUGAAAUUCAAUCUACGAAUCAUUCAGGAUCUUACAGCAAAGGAUCUGGAA